UCUUGAAAUGUCAAAAAUGAACGAAUUGUCGUUUGAAGUAAACAGUAUGGAUAUUUGCCAAUUGAGUAUUUUAUAAAAUAUGGUUAAAUUCUUAUAAUCAAAGAGUGUAUCAAUAGAGUUUAAUAUAAACGCUUGAAGAUGUGGCCCAUGCUCCUCAACUUAACCCGCGAUGAAUGCCGCCGUACGCUCCGCAGACUCGAAUUGGAAGCCUACUCGAAUAUGAUCAGUGUGUUCAGAGCACAAGGAGCAUUGGAAGACAACAGAAAAAAGUUACUCGAGGAACUACGCGCCGUUUUGCAUAUAAGCCAUGAUCGGCACAGCGCCGAGGCACGCCGCGUGUCCAAUGAUGAAUUAUUAGCUACAAUAGCAGAACAAUUGGCUGGCCCCAACACUGGGUUAGCAUGGAUCAGCGAAGGCCGCAGGCGGGUGCCGCUGAUGCCCCGCGGAGUCCCGCAGUCCAUGUACACAGAACUAGCGGACAAAGUCGCAGAGACCACCGCGGCCGAAAACAAAGAGCUGCUGAAAAAACUUGAAGCGGAAAAACUUGUCGCACCUAAGUCUAACGAGGAGGAAUUGCCAGAUGCUGAAGGGGAGACGGCAGAGGCUAUUCAGACCAAUGAAUCGAUGGAUGAGAUGUCAUACCCACCAGUUGCUAUGGAAGAUCAAACUAGCCGAUUGUGGGAAUCAGAGCUAUCGAAUCGGAAGCGGAAGAUCCCAGAGGGAGGUGCAAUACCUGAAGACGGGGUGACGCCAGUGAAGAACAUGAGGAACAUACCUGUCAACACUAACCAAAAACAUCUGAACCUAUCACAGAUAUACUCCAAGUUCUCACAGCCAGCUACAAGUAAACCAUCAGGGCAGUCGAAGCACUCGUACAAUCAAGUGAGCAAAGUGUCCACUAGUAAAUCAAAUCAAACCCACACGCCGCGGUCCACGCCGCACAAACAGCGGGCACACAAGGGCAAAGCCGCGCAGGCUAAAGCCCAAAAGAGGGAGAAAGAGAGAGAGGUCCCCCCCUCACCCACUAAACAGUACAACCCUACGAGCUUGCAACUCGAGUAUUCCGGUCCGCCAAACACCUUCCAAGCCAGCUACGCACAGUCUAUAUUAGGUACUAAACAUAAGGACUACAUGGACGAAAUGAAGCCUAAAGUGUCCAGCAUGAUGUCAGAUUCCCCCACCAUGCAGCUGUUGACCCAACCAGCAACAGUUCCCCACGAACUCGGUGUCCAUGAAAGCCCUCAUCCUGACGACCCCACUGUCCUACAAGCUCAGACCCCAACCACCAAAACAGUCAGCGGAAAACCCUGUCAACUCAUCAUCAAAAAACGUGAUGACAAAAAAGUACAAAUGCCCGAAGUUAAAAUAUUACAAAAGCCGACAGAAGCCAGCGGCAUAAAGCUACUUUCGAACCGACAACUGGUGGUCGCGUCCGGCUCCGCGCAGAAACCGCUCGGCGGGAAAAUUAUCGCGACCAAAGUCAUCGGCUCGUUGCCUAAAUCUCGGCCUCAGAGCGCGCAGGUUUUAUCAGAAAAAAUGGUAGUUGUAUCGAAACCAUCUUCUGCUGAAAGCAAGAGUACACCAAACUCUAAAUUCGUCAUCACAUCGUCGGUCAACACGCCGGCUAAGGACGGCACUCCAAUCAGUACCAAUAGCAUAUCUCCUAAAACUCCAGAAACACUCACUCCUAAAGGAAUCCCAGCCACGGACUUAAAAGUUUCCGCAAAGGCGGUCGUCCUGAAUCCUAGGUCUGGACAAAAAAUGGUUGUGCUCCCGGCCAAAGCUCGGACGAAACAAGGAGAGGCUCAAUUACCAUUACUACAUUUCAAAGGUCUCUCUACAGCCAUGAAACUAGUGCCUGUUAGUUCGCAAUCGAUCGCACAAGCCUCUAAGCCGGUGACGGUGGUGUCUAAGCCAACUGUCGUCAGCGCGAUGCCAAGAUCAAGCACUAAGAUCCUCGGUGUCGAAACAAUUAAAACUGCAAAUUUGGCUGACAUAGUACCGGCCAAAGGUAUGACGCCAGUAACCACUCCCAAAUUAACCAAUCCGAUCGUUAGGCCAACGAGCAGUAAAGGAGUUAUAGUAGUGCAAAAAGGGGCGACUAUCGGCAAAGCGCUGACGUUCACUAAAAACGGCAAUGACAUGUCAAAAAUUAUCAUGGGUAAGAACGUGAACCAGUUGUUGCAAGCGUCAAAAUCUGAGGCCGAUAUGAAAUCUGCUGGUAAUGUCAUAGUUCUGGAGUUAAAUAAUGAGCAAACCGCGCGUGCGACAACCAUGUCUGAAAUCCUCGAUAGUCGCGGAGUGCGGACAGCGGACGAUGUCAAAAAGAUACCACAGAUCACGCAAGAUACACCAGUAUUAUUCGAAAGCCAAAUGAAUGACCCCAGUAGUUUAGACUCAACUACGGAGAGUAUAGGCGGUAUCGUGCCGUUGGACGAUACGACGCUGCCUUUAAUGGAAAAAGAUGAUGAAGGGAAGUCAAGUUUCACCAAAGACUCCGAGGGAGCGAAAGAUUCGUCGAGCGUCACGGACUGGGAGAUGGAAUUGGACACAGUCUCGCGGAAGGACAAGGACGACGACGACAAACUGAAUUCGUUGCACCUGGAUCUCGGCAUGUCCAGCGAUAGCGAGAGCGAGUUCAUGGUGGACACCCGUAAACAAGACAGCAAGCACUCUUCACAAGACAGUAUACAACGCGCGACACCAAGUGGCGACAGUGGAGAAAUAUACAGCGGUUCAAGCGGGUUGUCGCUAGCGACGCGGACGCUACUCAGCCAACUUCAGGACGACGGCUCGUCUAGCAACGACUCUUCCUUCGCGCUCAAAUCUAAAUCCCUUGACAAACUGAAAGAUAUCGAUUCCAAAAUCGACAGGUCCGAGUCGGAAGCGCUUACGAAAGCUAAGGAGAAGCUAUCAGAGAAAGUGGCCAAGUCGCAGCAAAAGAGGAUAGACAUCUACAGUACAGCGAUCAGUACGACGGAUAUCAAUUUGGAGUCUUUCUCGUAUUUAGAAGAGGGCAUGAUGGCCGGGGACGAUGUAUUCGCGACAGAGGAAGCCAAGCGCGAGUCGCGACGAACGGACAACUUGGACGAUCAGUUGAGUAGACUACUCGGCGAAGACUCCGCUAACUCCUCAGACUCACAGACUGUAAGUGAAAGUUUGCCUUUAAAUAAAUGAGCAAUAAUUUAGUAUUAAUAUGAAAAUGGUAAAACGUUUCUUUAAAAUGUAAUGGCAUAGGUUAAGGUGGGACAUAUAAUGUGAAGUGAAGACAUGGUGAUUUUUGUUCAGUUUUGUGUAAAAAUACAAUAAAAUAGUGAAUGUUUGUACCCUAUUAA